AUAGGUGGCCCGCAGCUAUGUCUCUUAAUGAGAUAUGCUCAAAACAUUGAAUUGAUGUAAUAUCUUGCAGUAUCAGAAAAACCUUGAAUAUGAGUUUUUGAAGAUAGCGUGUUCGUUGAUGAGACAGCUGUAUUUUCAUCCACUGUACUGCUUUUAAAUAACGCAAUGCACCAUGGAAGUGGAUCACAGAAUGUGCAGCGUCAAGUUCAGAGAUCCAAGUCUGAAGCAGAUGACCAGCAGCAGAACCUGGCAACCCAGCAGCAGAACCUGGCAACCCAGCAGCAAGCAACAGUCAACCACCCUCAAUCCCCUGUGACCACCAUCACCUCUGCAGCCAGUCCCUCAGCCCCACAGUCCCCCAACUACCAGAUAAUCAUGAGCCGAAGCCCCGUCACUGGGCAGAACAUGAACAUCACCUUACAAAAUGUGGGUCAAAUGGUCACCGGCAACCAACAGAUCACUCUGACCCCUGUGCCCAUCCAGAACCCUGCCUCUCCUGGCUUUCAGCACACAACCCAACAGUGGAGGUUUGAACAUGCCACAUCUCCUUUAAUCCAGGUCACCUCACCCCUGCCCCAGCCCAUGCAACCCCAAAGCCCCACCCAGCAAAGCCCGGGCCCCCUCCAGGGCGUGCAACGGCCAGGGGCCCCAGGAACAGGUCUGGGCGUGUGCGGACAGAGUCCAACCAGAUUCGUCGACCCUGGCAUGUUGAUGAGACAAAUGAGUUUAGGGAGCCCGACUGUAAGUAGUCAUUUUGUUUACCAAGAUGGCACAGGGCUGACCCAGAUUACACCCGGCACUCCCGGCCAGGCCCAGCUGGCCUCCCCCGGCAUCCCAGGCUCUGUGCGGGAGCGGAGGCUGUCCCAGCCUCACUCGCAGACCGGAGGCACCAUCCAUCACCUGGGGCCGCAGAGUCCGGUGGCCAGCGGCACGUCUCUGCCCACGCUGGGAAGCCCAGGACACAUCACCACAUCUAACCUACCUCCUCAGAUCAGCAGUAUCAUCCAGGGGCAGCUGGCGCGCCCCAUGAUAUACGAGAAGAUGGCCCAAGGUGGGGGUGCUGGGAUCGGAGCAGCCGCUAAUGCCACUUUCAGCAUGCCCUCCUCCAUUCCCCCGUCCAACCCGUCUCUCACCAACCCUUCCCAAGGCAUCCCCAACACCCCUCUCAGCCCUACCGGCAUGUCCAUGGGCUCCGUCAAGAAGCAAACGCCCAAAAAGCUGGAGGAAAUAGCCCCCUCGAGCCUCGAAGUGGCCCAGCUGAGGAAGCAAUGCCUGGAGCACCACGCGAAGAAGAUGGAGGGGCUGAAGGAGGUGUUCAAAGACUACCUGAUCGAGCUGUUCUUCCUUCAGCACCUCCAGGGGAACAUGAUGGACUUUUUGGCCUUCAAGAAGAAGCCUUCUGUGCCGCUCUUCACUUAUCUGAGGCAGAACGACUUGGACCUUGAGGAUGAGGAGGAAGAGGAGGAGCAGUCUGAGGUCAUUAACGAUGAGGUCAAGGUUGUCACCGGGAAGGAUGGACAGGCGGGAACGCCGGUCGCCAUAGCAACGCAGCUCCCACCCAACGUUUCGGCGGCGUUCUCCACCCAGCAGCAGUUGCAGGGUCACCCCGGAGGAGCUGCUGGUACCAUGACCAACCCAGGCGACAUGGAGGCUUUUAAGAGGCAGCAGGCCAUGGCACAAGCAGAUCAGGCUAAGAGGUCCCGGAUUGACGUUGGUCGCCAUGGGCUGAUUUUCCAGCAUCCUGGUGUAGCCAAUUUAGGAUCGCCUGGCGUUCCUCUCCAGCAGCUUAUGCCGACUGCGCAAGGUGGGAUGCCUCCGAACCCCCAGGCGGUCCAGAUCCCUGGCCAGAAGCAGACCCAGCAGCAGUACGACCCGUCCAAAGGGCCUCCGGUACAGAACGCCGCCAGCCUGCACACCCCUCCCCCCCAGCUGCCAGGCCGGAUGCCCCAGGGCAUUCUCCCCAUGGGGGGUCUGCCCCUGGCACUCUCCCAGCAGUCCCAGCUGGUGGAUAACCCCGGCCAGGCGGCCGCCCAGGUCAAGGUGCAGGGGGCGGUCGGCGCCCCCGUGAACCCCCACGCCCAGCUCCAGGCCCAGCUCCAGCAGCAGAUGCAGUCGGCCCUCCACCCUCAGAUGCAGGCUGGGCAGCUGCAGCAGGUCCAGCCCAUGAUGCAGACCGUGGCCCUAGCACGUCCCGUAGCAGACGCGCUUCAAGCCGGUCAGAGAAUGAUGAACAACUCCCUCUCCAUCGCCUCACUGUCCCCCUCCGCCCUGGGGGCCAGCAACUCCCUCCCGUCCCCCCACACGGCGGGCCCCCUGCGCCCCCCCGGCUCCAGCGUAAGCCCGGCCACGCAGUCCAAGCUGGCGGGGCCCAACGGCACGUCGGCGGUCAAACUGGGGGGCUUUGGCCAGGGCUCGGGCAUGCAGUCCUCACAGGAGAACUCCCAGGAUAAACAGGUGGAGCAGGCCAAACUGGAGUCCCAGGUGCAUCAGCGCAUCUCAGAGCUGAGGAAGGAGGGUCAGUGGUCGGCCAGCAGGCUGCCCAAACUCAUGGAGGCUUCGCGGCCCAAGUCCCACUGGGACUACCUGCUGGAGGAGAUGCGCUGGAUGGCUGCAGACUUCGCUCAGGAGAGGAGGUGGAAGGAGGCUGCUGCUAAAAAGCUGGUUCGUACUUGUGCCCGUUACCAUGACGAGCAGAAGAAGAUGGAGGAGAGGUCCAAGAAGGAGGAGGAGUCCCACCUUCGUCAGAUCGCCAGCAGCAUAGCCCGGGAGGUGGACUUCUUCUGGUCCAACAUUGAGCAGGUCGUCGAAAUCAAACUCCAGUUUGAGAUUUAUAACAAAAGACUGAAAACCCUGAGCCUGCAGAGAGCUUCAAGCAAGGGACAGGGUGCUCUGACGACAGUGGAGAAUGCAGAAAAAGAAAAAGAGCAGGAACCCAGCGUCUCAACCAGGAAGAGAAAAUCCAGCACGUCAUUGGUUGAAGAAGGACCGCUGGAUGAGGAGAGCACCAUAGCAGAGCAGGAGGCCAUGGAGGUGGAAGCCGACCAGAAGAAGGAGCUGGCAGAACUGGCUAAAGAUGCUGAGAUGCCCCUGGAUGCUCUGGUGAAGCAGUAUGCCGGGGCGUACGCCGACAGCUUUGACUGGCCUCAGCCCAGCCCUCGGAGUGAGGACGAGGACAAGGAGGAAUCUGAAGUGACGGAGACCCCUCUGGGAAGCCCCCACGAGGCCGUGCUGAUAGACUCGGUGCUCAGCGUGGACCAGCACAGUGCUGCAGACAAGCCCAGCUCGCCCGGUGCCGACGGGAAACCCAAGAGGGACAUAGCAGAGGUGGCGGCGGCCACCGACCUCAUCCUGCCCAAGGGCAGCGCCAGGACUACCUCAGCUGUCCGCUGCCAGGCUCCUGUCCUGCUGCAUGGCUCCCUGCGGGAGUACCAGCAGAUCGGAGUGGACUGGCUGGCUAGCCUUCACAAGAAGAACCUCAACGGUAUCCUGGCAGAUGAGACGGGCCUUGGCAAGACGGUUCAGACCGUGGCCUACAUGGCUCACUUGGCUGGGGAGGAGGGAAUCUGGGGACCCCACCUGGUGGUCGUGAGGACCUGCAAGAUCCUGAGCUGGGAGAUGGAGUUCAAACGCUGGUGUCCCGGUCUGAAGAUCCUCCUGUACCUGGGCAACCGACGGGAACGCCGAGCCAAGAGAACGGGUUGGGCGGAGGCCAACAGCUUCCACGUGUGCGUGACGUCCUACAAGCUGCUGCUGAAGGACCAGAGCCACUUCCUGCGGAGAAGGUGGAAGCACCUGGUCCUGGACGAGGUGCAGCUCAUCAAGAACAUGUCCGAGAAACACUGGGAGACCGUCUUCGCCCUCAAGAGCCAGCAGAGGAUCCUCCUCAUCAACACACCGCUGCAGAACACCCUGAAGGAGCUGUGGACCAUGAUCCACUUCCUGCUGCCUGGAAUCACACGGGCCUACUCCGAGUUCCCUGUGAAACCAGGCACCGACCAGAACCAGGACUACUGCCACAAACUGGUCAUCCGCCUGCACAGGAUGAUCCAGCCCUUCAUCCUGAGGCGCUCCAAGAGGGACGUGGAGAAGCAGCUGCCCAACAAGUACGAACACAUCCUGAAGUGUCGUCUGUCCGGCCGGCAGAAGAACAUGUACGAGGACAUCCUCAUCCAGCCAGGAGCCCAGGAGGCGUUGAAGACGGGCCACUUUGUGAGUGUCCUGCAGGUGUUGAUGCAGCUGCAGCGGGUGUGUAACCACCCUGACCUGGUGACCCCCAGGGAGACCAGCAGCUCCUACGUCUGCUCCGCUCUGCAGUAUCACACGCCCUCGCUGGUGCUGGGAGCCCUGCAGGACGACCCCUGGAAGACGGUGGACCUGUCCCUGUUUGACCUGAUUAGCAACGAGCGCCGUCUGACCCGCCACGAGGCGGAGAACGUGCUGCCCAAGCUGAAGGUGACCCGCCAGCUCAUCGAGGAGAUCCACAGCAGCCCUGACCCCCCGGCCAGGCCCAAGCCCUGCAAGAUCAAACCCAUGAGGUUGUUCCAGCCGGUGCAGUACGGCACCAAGCCAGAGGGCCGUCUGGUCCUCAUCACCAGCCCGUCUCCCACUCCUCCCACCGCCACCCCCACCAUCACGGCCCCUGCUGCGUCCACACAGCCGGCCCAGGCCAGGGGCAAGUCCCCCGUCACCACCACCACCACCAGCAGCUCCCAGGCGUCUGGAGGGGCUGUUCAGAAAGCCCACAGCAGCACUCCAGCCAUCACCACCUCUACAUCCCCUGCUGUAGCCCCCUUUGGGAGCCCCGCCGCUAGGCAGCAUGUGGUGGGGGCUGCCCCUGGGGCUCCGGCCCAGGUGGCGCUGGGCUCCGUGGCCCAGGUCCCCCUGCCCGGCUCGGCUCAGGGGCCCAGGCCGGCCUUAGCCCCCAGCCAGGCCCUCCAGCCCAGCCUGCUGCCCCAGAGGCUGGUUCUAACAUCCCAGGCCCAGGCACGGCUGCCUAGUGGAGAUGUGGUGAAGAUCGCCCAGCUGGCCUCCAUAGCGGGCAACCAGACCCGGGUGUCCCAGCCUGAGACCCCCGUCACCCUGCAGUUCCAGGGCAACAAGUUCACCCUGUCCCCCAGCCAGCUGCGUCAGCUGACCGCGGGCCAGCCCUUGCAGCUCCAAGGUACACUCGGCAACAUCCUGCAGAUCGUGUCGGCCCCCGGCCAGCAGAUCCUCCGGCCGCAGGGCUCCAUGGUGAUGCAGACCGUACCCCCGGCUGUGCCCAACUCCUCCUCCGCCCCCGGCACCCCUCCCCCCGCCCCCCCCUCGUCUCAGCCAGGUCCAGGGGUUAACUCCAACUCCACCACGACCAGCACUCCCGGUGGCAGCUCCAAGCCUGCUCCCGCUGCGGCAGGUCCGGCCGCCCCACAGGAGUCGUCGGAGGAGAGGAGCCGCCACGUGGAGGAGCGUCUCGCCCGUCUGUUCAGCGCAAACGAGCGGCGCUGUGGGAGGGGCGUCCUGUACGGGGCCGACCUGCUCCAGGCCUGCUGCGUGGCCCCGGGGGCCCCCCACUCGGCCCUCACCGCCGGGGGCUGGAGGUGGGUGGGCAGGGAGAGCUGCCACCGGGCCCAGAGGACCUGCGUCACCACCACCACCCACCUCCAGUCCGCUCUCCUCUCCACCUCUGAUCGCCUGGAGGCUGGGAGGAGCUUAGUCCAGAGGUUAUCCUGUGUGGUGCCGGCCGCUGUUGCUCCUCCCCCUCAAAUGUACGCGGCCAAUCCCCCGGCUCCUUACAGCUUGGAGCACAAGGCCCUGGUCCGCAGGCUUGUGGAGGCUGCCGCCCCCCACAGCUCUGAGAUCCACCAGCUGACCUGUGGCCCCCUCCUCCAGUUCCCAGACCUCCAGCUCAUGCAGAUGGACUCAGGUAAACUGGAGGCUCUGGCAAUUUUGCUUCAAAAGCUGAGGUCAGAGAAUCGGCGCGUGCUCAUCUUCACCCAGAUGGUGAAGAUGCUGGACAUCCUGGAGGACUUCCUGGACCACCGGCAGCUCACCUACGUCCGCGUGGACGAGAGCCUGACCCUGGAGGAACGCCAGGAGAACAUGAAAGCGUUUAACAGGAACCGCCAAGUGUUCUGCAGCAUCCUGACCAACCGCUGUUGCUCGGCGGUGGGCACCGUGUUUGACGCCGACACCAUCAUCUUCUACGACACGGACCUCAACCCCAGCAUGGACACCCGCACCCAGGAGUGGUGCGACAAGAUCGGGCGCUCCAAGGACGUGCACAUCUACAGACUGGAGAGCGGGAACUCCAUAGAGGAGAAGCUUCUGAAGAACGGCACCAAGGACCUGAUCAGAGAGGUGGCCGCCCAGGGCACCGACUACACCCUGGCCUUCCUCACACAGAUGACCAUUCAGGACCUGUUUGAGGUGGAGGCAGGCUCGGGGGAGAAGGUGGAGGAGUUUGUGGUGCUGCAUCAGGAGCCGUCCCCCUCCGAGGCCAUCUCCCCGCGCGUGGCCCGGCCCUACAUCCAGGCCCUCAGCAGCAUCAGCCUGGACGCCCCCCCUGCGGAGGAGCAGGGGGGCCAGGGGGGUCCGGAGGCCCCCGGGGAGGAGCUGGAGAAGGAGGCGUCUGUCAAAGACGAUCCCUCGCAGAUAGAGGAGCUCAAUGCUGUCAUGUGCCAGCUCACGCCCAUAGAGAAGUACGCCCUACAUUACCUGGAGUACCUCUACGUCGGUGACGAUGAAAGUCUUCUCAAGGAGCGCCUGGACUGGGUGAAGCGGGGCUGGGAGAUGAAGCACCUCAAGAAGCUCAAGUGUGAGGAGGAGGAGAGGCUGCUGGUGGAGGGAGAGGUGGACCUGUUCACCUACACCAGGGAGGAUGCCUACAACAUGGAGUACGUGUUCGACGCGGAGGAUGGCCAGACAGAGAUCAUGCCGCUCUGGACGCCGCCCACCCCGCCCCAGGACGACAAUGACAUCUACAUCGACUCGGUCAUCUGCCUGAUGUACGACUCGGCCCCCAUGCCCGAAUCCAAACUUCCUCCGGUCUACGUCCGCAAGGAGCACAAGAGGCUGAAGAUGGACCCGUCAGCAGGCAGGAAGAAGAAGAAGGGCCAUGGGGAGACGGUGGUGCCGCCGCGCUCCCUCUUCGAGAAGGCCAGCAUGCUCAAGGUCCGCCGCGAGGGCAAGGACCAGAAGAAGAACUUCUCCCUCAAGCAGCAGGCGCCCUUCGCCAAGCCCCUGCCCUCAUUGGUCAAGCCGGCCAUGGAGGCGGGCCAGGACAACCCGGAGUGGCUAAUCAGUGAGGACUGGGCCCUGCUACAGGCUGUCAAGCAGCUCCUGGAGCUCCCUCUGAACUUGACCAUCGUGUCUCCCGCCCACACGCCCAACUGGGACCUGGUCAGCGACGUGGUCAACUCCUGCAGCCGCAUCUACCGCUCGCCAAAGCAGUGCCGCAACCGCUACGAGAACGUCAUCAUCCCCCGGGAGGAGGGCAAGCUGGUGUACGAGGCCAACCCCAAGAAGAAGACUAAGAGCAUCUACAAGUCGAAGAACAGCCGUCCCCUGAGGACCUGUCAGAUCUACACCCAGGACGACAACGCCACCCACUUCCAGCUCUACAACAGCCGCUUUGAGCUCAUGAAGAUCAUCGCCAGCAAGAGGAGUCCUCCCAUCAAACCUCUUUUGGGAAUGAACCCCUUCCAGAAGAACCCCAAACACGCGUCCGUCCUUGCAGAAAGCGGGAUCAGCUACGACAAGCCCCUCCCUCCCAUCCAGGUGGCCUCGCAGAGAGCAGACAGGAUUGCCAAGGAGAAGAAGGCCCUAGCAGAGCAACAGAGGACCCAGCAGUUGGCCCAGCAGCAGCAGGCCGGAGCUCCCCAGGCGGCGGCCCAGGUCCAGGUGCAGGUCCAGGCCCCCAGCGUAGCCCUGGCCCCGGGGGUCCCACAGGCCCCCACCGUGGCUGGGGUGGCUGCUGUGCCCAACACGGCCGUCCUGGCGGGGGCGAUCAAGAACGCUCCUGUCGGCACGACCAUCCAAGGGGCCACCAUAGGGGGGAAUGUGAUUGUGAACACUGUUCCUGGAGUUUCUCCAAGUCCCUUCCAGGCCAACAAGCGUCUGGCAUCACCAGUCAUCCCAGGCGCUCUCUCUACCGCUGGAACACCCGGGGCCCAGGUUGUCCAAACCCAGCAGAGGGCCGCCCCCGCCGAGGUGGUCGCCAUAACGACAGGCCAGGGCAUCAGGGCGGUUACCCCGGCGACGGGCUCGGCGGUGGUGUCCACCACCCUGAGCCCUGUCCAGUCUCAGGCCCGCCCCCUGGUCACUCAGGUCACUCCAGCCCCAGGCAUGCACCUGGCCCAGGGGAAGCCCAUCACCCCGACCCACCUGCACAUGUUCCGCCAGCAGCACCAGAUCCAGCAGCAGCAGGCAGCCUCCCCCCAGAUCAAGGCUGUGGGGAAACCCCAGGAGCUGCUGAAGCUGCAGAAACAGAAGCUGCAGGUGGCGGCAGCCGUAGCAGGAGCUGGCCAGGUGGCCGGACAGGUCCAGCCUGCCCAGGCCAGCCCCCAGCUGGCCUCCGUGGCCACGUCCAGGCCCGGCACCGUGCUGACCGGAGCCACCGUGGCCAACCUGCAGGUGGCCAGACUGACGCGGGUGCCCACUCAGGGUCAGAUCCAGACGCAGGCAGCCCAGCCCGCCCAGGUGACCCUGACCAAGCCCCCUGUGGUGUCUGUCCCCGCCGUGGUCUCCACCGCUGGCGUCACCGUAGCUGGCAUCAGUGUGGCCAUCGGGCAGCCUAAAACAGGCGGGCCGGUGUUGACGCCCCCGUUCCCCCAGAUGCAGGUGCAGAAGGUGCAGCAGCUGCUGCAGAUGAAGCAGCAGGGAGCCCAGCAGCAGAAAGCAGCGCAGCCCCAGCAGGGCCCGGCCGCCGCCCAGCAGAAGAUGGGUCCCCAGCAGGUGACGGUGCAGGCGGCCUUGCCCGCCCUCCAGCAGCAGAAGGUCACCUACGCCACCACCACCCAGAUCCAGCCGGGCAUCAAGACCCAGUUCUUCACCACUCCCAUCGCCCAGGGCCAGAAGCCCACGGGAGCCCAGCAGCUCCAGGUGGCCAAACUCCCCCAGAUCGUGCAGCAGCAGCCCACCGUGGCCAACAUCCAGCAGAUCGUGUCCUCUCCACAGCAGCUCCAGACCCAGACGGUGGCCCUGACCCAGGCCUCCCCCUCGGCCCCGGCCCAGGUCCAGAUGUUCCCCGCGGGCGUCACCACCGCCCAGGUGAUCCAGCAGAAGCUGCUCCAGGCCGCCGCCGCCUCCUCCUCUCAGAUCCAGAGCCCUCCGGCCAACAGCCCGGCCCCCCAGGCCACGGCGCCCCCCGCUGCAGACGCCCCCCCUGCGCAGCAGCCCCCGCCCCCCGCCAAGGGCCAGGCUCGCUCCGGAGGAGCCCUCAGAGCCAAAACCCCAGCCAAGCCCAGUGGGGGCAGUAGCUAGGGAGGGGCAGUGCUGUUGGAGCCCCCCACCUUGUUGUCAGUGUAAAUAGACUCCCGGAGGCAGGGCGUGCCGUCGCUUGGGAGCCAGUGUGGCUGAGUUUGACCCACAGCACCAGAGGUCGGCCCGUGUACAGCUCUGCUUCUUUCACAGUGUCCUCUUCUUAGCUCACCUGCAGUGUCAGCAGAUCCCCCCCCCCCCCCCCUUGUUCGAAAGCUUCCCUCUGCACCAACGUGUCUGACUGCAAGAGCUGAUGAAGUACAAUUCAUAUCGUCAUCUUGAUGAAUAUAUUCCCUUUUGCCGGGGGCGUAUUGAUUUGGUGUGUAGCUAUUCUGGGGAUUGAGCUGUCCUAUAGAAUGAUGUUUAGUGUAUCCAUACUUUGUCCCCUGCCAACUCCCUCCCUCUCUCUCUCUCUCCCUCCCUCCCUCCCUCCCUCCCUCCCUCCCUCCCUCCCUCCCUCUCUCUCUCUCUCUCUCUCUCUCUCUCUCUCUCUCUCUCUCUCUCUCUCUCUCCCCCUCUCUCUCUCUCCCUCCCCCCAUUUGAUGUGAUUCUUCUUCUUCUCCUGGUUCUCCCUUAUGGUGUCUGUGACUUCCUUGUUGUUUCUAGACGUAGAGAAUAUCCCACUGGACCAUUCUUCUCAUGAUAGUGAUAGUGUAGUUGUGACUAGCUCCGCCAGUAGUACCGCUGUUGUCCACCAGAGGGGGCAGGGUCCCAAGCCCUCAGCUCAUCCUAGCUAACUGUCAUUUGUGAAUCUCUUACUCACAUCCAUCCAUCCAUGACCUGAAGUAUCAGUCAUGCUUUAUGUUCCUGACCCCCAGUCUGAUAACCUGUUGGGAGUGUCCAAAGGUAACUUAUAUUUGGCAUAAGGUUUUGCCAUUAAAACCCAAUCUUAAAUAGAGAUUGUCCGUGUUAUAAACCACCACACACAACACAGUUUAAAUAUAGUUUAAAUCAGUUGUUGUUUUUGUUGCCGUAAAAUAUUAAAUGGAAAUAAUAAUGCACGUUCCUUUAGUUAUCAUAGUUUUUUUUUUUUAUGUAACAAAUACACUGUAAACAUGUACUUUAGUAUCUUGUGUUUUCUCAUAAAUUUGUCAUUUUUUUUAUUGAUGUUGAAGAAAAAAAACCUGUAAAUAACAAUGGAAAAAGAAAACAUUUGUACUUGUAAAGUAGUUGUGUUUUCAUUGGAUUUUUUCAGCCUAAUUGUAAUAAAGUGUUUUGUUUUUAUA